CCGACGUGCCGGAAAUUAACAUGGCUUCGAAAGGACAGGUCGAGAGUUGGAUCGAGGAAUUAAUUUGUCCGAUCUGCCUGGAUUUCUUCACCGAUCCGGUGUCACUGGAGUGCGGACACAACUUCUGCCGCUCCUGUAUCACACAGUGUUGGGAAGGUGAGGAAAACAACUCCUGCCCGGAAUGUAGAGAGCAGUUUCAGGAAACAAUCCUCAGAGUGAAUCGGGCCUUAGUGAGACUGGCAGAGAAAGCUCGGAAUUUAAACCUGAACCCGAAAGAGAAGGGAAAUAAACUUCACUGCGAGGAACACGAGGAAGAACUGAAGCUGUUUUGUGAAACUGACAAGAAACUGCUCUGCCUGAUCUGCAGAGAUGCGCGGGAACACAGAGAGCACCGCUUCCUACCGAUUAAAGAAGCUUUCGAAACUUACAAGGACCCGGCGGAAUCUUCCCUGAAAGCACUUACACAGCAAAUACUGGGAAUUCUAAAAAUGGAGAAGCAACAGAGAAUUAAGAUUUCUGAGAUUAAGGGCCAGUCGCGCUGUUUACAAUCCCACGUCGCAGCAGUCUUUGCUGUAAUACGCAAGAAACUCGCUGAGAAAGAACAGCUUUUGAUCAGAGACCUCAGGACACAAGAGGAAAAGAUCAUAGAUAAAAUGGAGAAAAAUCUUCUGGAAAUUCAGGAAAAGUUGAAUUCUAUUCAGGGGGAACUCUCGUUGUUGCAGGAGCAAAUGGAGCAAACAGAUGGAUUUGGAUCUCUGAAGGGAGAAGCUAAUCAGAAGAGUAGGAUCAGAGAUGACCUUUCAGAUUCAGCCACGGGUGGGGCCCUGUCAAUGGAAAAAUCCAGUGGUUCUUCAUCAUUCACUGCUUUGUGGGAAAUACUUGAUGACAUUCAGCCUGAUUCUGUGACCUUGGAUGUGGAAACAGCAGGCCCAGGGCUUGAGGUGUCUCAAGAUCGGAAGAGUGUGAGAUGGACCGAGAGGCUGAAGACUCUCUCUGACACCAGGAAGAGGUUCACAUUUGCGCAUUGUGUGCUGGGAUCGGAGGGAUUCACAUCGGGAAGACAUUACUGGGAGGUGGAGGUGGCUGGGAAUCAGCGCUGGAGUCUGGGAGUCGCCACAGAGUCUAUGGAGAGGGAGGGAGAGGAAGACGUGAUCCCAGAGACUGGAGUGUGGAGUAUUGGGCGGGAAGGUUUCAAGUUUUAUGUUCCCACCUUCUCUGAUUCCCAUCUCCUUCCCGGUCCCAUCCCCGGGAGGGUGGGAGUUUAUCUCAGUUACGAAUCCGGCACAGUUUCAUUUUACAAUGUGGAGACCAAGUCCCAUCUCCACACCUUCACUGGGAAUAAAUUCACGGAGACACUUUAUCCUUUCUUUGGCACUGGGGAUGGAGACUGGCUGAGAGUCUGCUCCAGUUCUAUUCUGGACCCAUAAUAGUGUAGGGUUGCAGGGUUCAGGAGUUGGCAAGCAAAAACUACUUUGACA